UAACUAAAUACGGGCACGGGGAUAUAUUUCAGUACAUCCUAGCUGUGAGAAAAUCAGGAAAUAAAUAUUGACGUUUAGUUCCUGUUGAAAUCAAUCCGCUUUUCAUAUGCAGAGCUGUGUGUUUGUGUGUGUGCGCGCGCUGCGGCUCUACGUAGGCGGCUGCUGUCUCGUGUACAGUAUCGUGGAUUGUUUCUGAGGUGUAUACCAGCAGCACGGGCUAGACGAGAACAUACGCACGCGUGUACGCGCACACACACGCGCUCGCGCACACACACACACACACACAGAGCAAGCCCGUUUCUGAGACAGUGUGGACGUGGUGUGAGCAGACCAAAGGUGAAGCCAGUAUGAGCAUGAAGAUGAAGGACGACGGGCUUGUAACGACCAUGGGCAAAUCUAAAACGAAGAGAAUGGAGAUGUCCAAACCUGAUUCUGAAAGAGAUUCUGGCUUCUCAGAUGCUAGUUCUGAGCAUCUGAGUGUAGUCGAUCAGACAGACACAGAGGAUGUAGCACGACCGGUGAAGCAGGCAGUGUCAGAUUCCAGGUCUCAGACUUCUCAGCUGGCUGUCAUUGGAGGAUCUUUCCAAAGUCUGUCACCCAUGAUCAUCAUGAAUAAUGUUCUUCUUAAACAGCCUGGUGAUAACCCUCCCUCUGUGAAGCCAUGGGGCUUCAAUCCAGCUGUUGAGGUUGUACAGCAACCCCAGGUAGUCUUCCUCCAACCAGUAAUAUCGCAGAGAAAUGCUUCAGAGCCAAAAGGACCACCAUAUAAGCGUCGUAAGCACAAGAAAUACCUCCCCAUCCUAAAAUCCUACCCCAAAAUUGCCCCCCACCCAGGGGACAGCCCACGCAGUAGCUGUGCUAGUAGCAGCAGCUCCACCGUCACUGCAUCAGUGAAGAGUUCCAGUUCGUCUUCCAGCUGUUGGGAUCCUCCUGAUAGAGACAGGCAGCAAGCUGUACAAACUAGUUCCUCUUCUGGCUCCUUCAUUCCAAACCACAUUAUACCAUCCAGGAAUCAUCCAGUAUCACCUGAGCCCCAGGCUCCACUUACUGACUCUAACACUGGUGUGGAAAAGCCUACUGCUGAAAGGCUGGAGUCCACAACAGAACCCACAGAAAUACACACAAAGACAUUACAGACCCAAGCACAGGCUGCCUUUAAAGAUGGCAUCUGCCAGAACACGGACUCUGACAGCAACGACAAGAGGAAGCGUUUCUGCAACACCUACAAUAUUUUAAGUAAAUCAGGCCUGCUGGACAUUACACUGCGCACUAAAGAAUUGAUACGGCAGAAUCGGCGCACUCAGGUAGAGCUGGAUCAACUCCGGGAGCACACGAACCUGUUUAUGCAGGCCGUACAAACGGGAGACUUGUGUAUCUGGAGCAAACUACAGAUGAGUAUGCAGGAAGAACUUGAGAAGGAGAAGAAUUUGAAUACUGGAUCAGAGACACAAAUGGAUCAUUUGAAGUAGGACACUUGAACCAGAAAAGAUACUUUUUGAAACAGGUUGUGUAACAGGUACUGCCCUUGAUCAUUAUUUUUCAUUAUGGCGGAAUGUUUGAGAACUUCCAACAUCUGCAUUAUUGUGGACGAUAAGAUGAACAAUAUAUUUGAGCUCUGUGGUAACGUUGCUCCAAGCAGAUGGGUCAACAGGUACAGCAGGUAGCUCACGGCUCCAUGGUUCACGGUUUAAUCCUGAGUUCCAGUUACUGUCUGUGUGGAGUUUCACACUGUUCUGAAGCUGCUUGCCUCCCAAAAACAUGCCUGAUAGGUGGAUUAGCUAAUUCAAAUUGCCCAUAAAUGUGAAUUAUGUGCAAUGUGAUGGCAUCCUAUCCAGGGGGUAUUCCCAUCUCACUCCGAGUGUUGCCAGGGUAGGCACUAGAACCACUGUGACCAGGAUACAGCAAAUACUGAAGGUUCACUUAUAAUGAAAACUGUUAUAUCAGACCAUGACCACAGCAGGAAUGUUGUAAAAUGAACUGAUAUGUUAAACCUUAGUAAAGGCUUUUUGUCUGCACUAAUGAAAAAUCAUCUUUAUAAAUCUUAUCUGCAGGCAGCUUUCAAAGUUAUGGCUGUAAUUUUUUGCCUCAGUAAUAUAGCUAGAUCGUGGGGUUCACAUAGUAUUAGGAACUUUAUAAACGUGCUUACGGACUGCUAAAAGGCACAUUUUAAAACAGAGCUAACUUAUAAUAUAGAAAUAAGUUUACAAAUAAAAACAAACAUUCACAUAUCAGCAGGCAAAGCAGGCUGGUAAUGUUGAUGCUCUGUAGAGUCAUGUGACACAAUAACAUUAGAGAGAGUCCAAACAGGUAAUUACUAGUCAGGCUGUUGUAGUGCUAUGGCACCACAAUGUUUCUAAGAUCUGCUCAGUGCUGAAAUCAUUUUGUGCCUCAGAUGCAACUUUUGCAAUGUUUGCAACAGUUCUCUGCUGUGCUUCUUUCACCCAUGUUACCUAUGGACUAAGAUAUAGUAGCAUUUCUAGAUAUUCAAGAGGAGCAGUUGGGUAUCAGAGGCAUGCAUCGUUCCAAGAGCAUUAUUGCUUUUCAGUGGUUUGAUCAGAUCACCCUCAAGUACCUUUUAAAUGUCCAAGGCAGAUGUGAGAGCCAGUUAGUUGAAUCCUUAAUUGUAAAACCAGUUGCCUUAACCUCACCACUGGAAAAUACAGUUAUCUCGUCUGAUGUCCAUGAAUGCAGUUUUGGUUGAAUGUGUGUAUUGUCUGUUAAUAGAAUCAAACAUGUUCUUUUAUGUAAUAUUAACAUACAGUUUGGUGUCUCAAACAGUUUGCAAUGUUUUUACAAUUAACAUGAACCAAAAUUUCUCUGUAGCUUAUUUCAGAAACCUCUAACCAACUGAAACAGCUUCUCUGAAAUAUUUCUCUUCUAGUCAUGAAGCUCUUGCACUGAUUUAUACUACAGAAAUAUAAUUAAACCAGUAAACAGGCACUAAAAGAUCUGAGAUCCACUCAAAGGUUUGGAAAAGAGCAGAUGGUUUGUGUGGAUCACAGUGAAGGGAACUGGUUGGAGCAUGUAGCUAAUAUACUGAGAGUCCUUUGGCAUUUUCUCCUUAUUUUUACUUUCACGCAUAAUAGAAGGAAAAACUUCAUGGCCAGGUGGAUAUUAUCCAGCACGUGUCACUGUAUUAAGUAGCUUGUUUCCAGAGUCUCUGUUUGGAUCUAUCUAUAGAUCAUCUUCAAAGAGUCUCUGAGAUUAGGUUCUGCAUAAACACUGGAAUGCAAUUGUCAAUGUAUCUGACUUAUUAUUCUGAUUCAAUAUGUUGUAUGAAGGAUUGGUUAUACUCAAGAUUUUGUUUUGUGGCAGCUGAGCAUCGACCACUAGUUUGUAACUGUGAGGUUUUCUUUUCAAAUACUUUUAAGAGCGCAAAUGUAAAAAGUCCUAGUCUGAGACUUUCACAUUAACCGUAGGAACAUUCUCCUGCCUUUAUGUCAAUAUCUUCCUUAAAGGUAUGUACUAUCGCUUUCAGACAAAGGUCAUGUAAAAUCUCAUGGUAACUCUAUGUGGGUUCUUCAGAUUUAGCUACUAUAUCUUAUUUACUCAUCAAACAACUGUGUAAAAUCUGUCCGCUUCGAAGAGUACCUUAGCAUCUCUUUAUUUUUGAUUUAACUUUAAACCUAGUUUCAUUUGCAAAUGUUUGUUUCUAGUAUUAACUUUCUUACCAUAUUCUUGCGAGAUUCCUGUCAAUCAUUAAGUCAUGGCUAGAUCUUAAGGGCAGGACAGAUGUGUGAUUUUAGCUGUGUGUACAACAAACACUAGAGCACUGUUUUCUGCUUGUGAAAGCAAAAGACCUCCUUUGUGAUUACUCGUACAGAUAUUCAUCUUGUACACGUAUCUUGCAUGUAAACGGUUGUCAUUGCCGUUCUUUUAAAGUACCUUUCUAUUACAAAUGUUUGCAAAGUGCAAAUAUUGUGAUUUAUUACAUACUAUAUGAACAGCUACCUUUAUUUUUAUACAGUGGCUUUUAUUCUUUGUUUUUGUUGUUUUGACUGUAGUUGAGGACAUUCCAUAUUUAAUACAAGACCAAAUACACAUUUCCUUCUCCAUAGUCUUCCAUUCCAUUCCAUUCUCCUCCAUCUGUGAAGUACAAUCCAGAUGUUUGGCACCUUUUGUAUAAUACCGUUCUUUCUAAAAGUAUUGGAACAGUGAGAUUAGUCACUGCACACAUGCAUCAGGCAUAGCUAGUACAGUGAUUUGGAAUGUCCUAGGAGGGACAGACCUGGAAUAGGUCAGCCAAGGAAAAUAAAACAGAAACAAGAUGUUGAAAAACCCGAAAACAACAGCUAGUGACUUCAUCAAUAAUACCCACAGGGUAGGGGUGCAGAUUUUAUCCAGCAUUCAAAGAAGACGCAGACAGCAGAAAUACAGAGAGUUUAACACAAGAUGCGAAGUAAUAAGAAUUGCUGUUCCAAUACUUUUGAAGCCACAGGAUUAUAAAACAAUAAUACCAAUUGAUUUUUUUCCCCCUUUCAUUAGAUAUAAAUGUGUGUAAGAGAGGAUUUUAGCAAAAGUGCAGUGCUUAUGCAUCAGUUAUUUUUCUGCUUUUCUUUUGUUUUUGGUGCACUUUUACAAUAUUAUUUAAAACAAGAUUUAAAAAAAAAAAACAAGAAAUAAUGAGGAAAAGCUGCCGGUUCCAGUUAAGUGUAUUGGAGGUGCUGGUAUCAUUACGGUAUGUGGGCCCUGAUAACUGACUCCAUUUAGGUUGUAAAUUUUAAUUCAUUACUCAUCUGAUCAUCUUGAUUUGCUUCAGAUAGAACCUGUAAGAUCAGAAUAUCUCCAUGAGGUCCAGUCUUGUUACUCCAUAGUUCUUAGUGGACCAUCAUGAUCACCAUGGUCCUCACAGUGAACCAAUCUUGACAGUGGUGUUGUAUAGCAGUGAUAUGAGAAGGUGUAACAUAAUUGAAUGUAAAUAUAUGUACUUGGGAUGUAACUGAAUAUGAACACUGAGCUUCUCAAUAAAACCAUAUUUCUGGCA